CGAAAAAUUGAGUGAGAAAAUAAACGCAAAAACGUGUAGAACCCAACGCCCUCUCCUCUCCCAAUUCUGCAGUGGAGAGCACAAUCGGAUUAGACAAUCUGUUUCCUGGACGAAGCAAUUAUCCGAUUCGGAUUACUGACCCGCACACUAACUGUACUGACCGAUCACUUCUUGCGAGCUGCUCGGAUCCAUUUAGAUCCGAAUAUGGACGCGUUGCAGGAAUCGGGUUGGGAGGAGCUCCGGAAAGAAGCUCGGAAGAUCGAAGGUGAUAUCGACGUCAAGCUCUCUUCUUAUGCCAAGCUCGGAGCUCGCUUCUCUCAUGGUCAUGGAGGUAAUGCGGAUGCUGGUUCGCCAACUCUUGGAUCCAGCAGGUCAUGGAAGUCUAUGGAAAUGGAAAUUCAGUCAUUGCUAGAGAAGCUACUUGAUAUAAAUGACUCAAUGAGUCGAUGUGCUGCAUCUGCUUCAGCUACUACUUCAGUUACUCAAAAGCUUGCUAGACACAGAGACAUACUGCACGAAUUUACACAGGAAUUUAGGCGAAUCAAGGGAAAUAUUAACUCAAUGAAGGAACAUGCCGAUCUUCUUAGUUCUGUUCGAGAUGAUAUCAGUGAAUAUAAGGCGUCUGGGAGUGUCUCUCCAAGAAUGCAAUUAUUAAGGGAGAGAGCUGCUAUACAUGGAAGCAUAUCUCAUAUUGAUGAUGUUAUUAAUCAAGCUCAAUCGACCAGGGCAGCCCUGGGCUCGCAAAGAGCCCUGUUUGGAGAUGUUCAAGGAAAGGUUAAGGUGCUAGGAGACAAAUUUCCAGUCAUCCGUGGUCUAAUAGGUUCAAUCAGGAAAAAGCGAUCAAGAGACACGAUCAUCCUAUCUCUCGUCAUUGCUGCGUGUACGCUUUUUCUUAUCAUCUACUGGCUCUCAAAGUGAACAAAUUUUUAAUGUCAAAAUUUGAGGGAGAGAGAAUAGGACUUCCCCACUGGUUCUCCGUUGCUUGUAUAGUUAGUAGUAUAAAAUUUAUGGUUUCUUUUCCAUGAUUCAAAUGCAUUACAUUAAUGGAGGAAACGCAUUUUGAUUACUAACACA